AUGUUGCUUGAUACCUGCUCGGUGCAGCAGGGUCCCGGGCGGGCUCCUGCUCAGGAGGGUACCCGGGGACCUCUCGCACGGGGGCUCGCCUGGCGCGGCUCCGAGUUCUGUCAGGUGCGGUCACAGUCAUCCACGGCUGGCGUCGGUUCCGGGACACUUGAGAAGCCGUUUUACGUGACAACGCCCAUCUUUUACGUCAAUGCCUGUGACCCCCACAUUGGCCACGCGCAUUCCAUGGUCCUCGCCGACGUCCUGAAGCGCUGGGCCACGCUGCAGGGCCGCCCCGCGCGGCUCUGCACGGGCACCGACGAGCACGGGAUGAAGAUACAGCGGGCGGCGGCCAAGGCGGGCCAGCCGCCGGCCGAGUUCUGCGAUACGUACGCGCAAAAGUUUGGCGAGAUUGCCGAGUCGCUGGGGCUGUCGGCGCACGACUUUAUCCGCACGACGGACCGGGCGCACGUGGCGGCGAGCAUGAUUGAGCGGUCGUUCGUGCCCGAGACGGGCAAGGUCGUGUGGUCGGCCGUCGAGAGCGGGAGCGAGGUGGAGUGGGUGGAGGAGAAGAAUUACCACUUCCGCAUGACGGCGUUUCGCGAGGAGCUGCUGGCGUUUUACCGCGCCAACCCGGACUGGAUCACGCCCGACUACAAGAUGAAGGAGGUGGUGGCCUGGGUCGAGAACCACCUCGAGGACCUGUCCAUCUCCCGCCCCGCUACCCGGUUGUCGUGGGGUAUCCCCGUGCCCGACGACCCGAGCCAGACGGUCUACCUUCUCACGCACGCGCACUGGACCAUUGGCGGGCGCAAGAUUUCCAAGUCGGCCGGCAACGGCGUGUCGCCCAUCUUCGCCGUCGACCGCUUCGGCGCCGACACGGUGCGCUUCUUCCUCAUGCGCAAGGGCGCCAUCCGCGACGACUCCAUUUUCGAAAACGGCGAGGUGGCCCGCGUCUACCGCACCGACCUCAUGGGCACCCUCGGCAACCUCUUGGCCCGCACUACCAAGACGGUCAAGUGGAGCGUCGUGCUUGCUGUCAGGGCCGAAACGGGACCGGGUGGAGUGGCGGAGGAGAUGCGGGCGCUGCGGCCGGACAAGGCGUUGGCCCUGAUUAUGGACACGCUCACAGAGGCCAACAAGUACAUGACCAAGACGGCCCCCUGGGACCUCUCGGACAACAAGCACCAGGACAGCGCGGCCUUUUCGGAGCUCAGCCGCGUCAUCUUCACCCUCGCCGACGCACUGCGCGUCUCCGCCAUCCUGCUGCAGCCGUACAUGCCGCAGCGCGCCACCGAGGCCCUCGACCGACUGGGCGUGGACCCUGCGCGGCGGGACUUUGGCCACGCCGAAAUCCAACAACUCACAGCCUCAGAACCCCUCUCCAUCGAGGAAGAAUACGAGAACCAACUCUCCUGGCGCCGGAGCGCCGACAAGCUAACCUUUAUCGUCUGCCUCCCUCGUCAAGAUGCACACGCAAACCAAAGCCCCGUAGCAGAGGCGGACGACGCGGACGCGAGAAUGGUUGGGGACAUUAACCUCUUCCUGUACCCCGACGACAACGACGACGACGACGACGACGACGACAACAACAACAAACACGGGGAAACCCUUGGCCGAAACGUAUUUGGCGAGGUAGACAUCAUGAUUGCCGAAAGAAGCCACCGGGGCCGGGGCCUCGGCCGCGCAGCCCUCGCCGCAUUUCUCGCUUUCGUGCGGCGCAACCUGCCGUCCCUGCUCGCCGAGUACACCGCCGCCGCCGCCGCCGCCUCCGCCUCCGCCUCGACCGCUACACCCACCGUCCGCCUAACCAAGCUCGUGGCCAAGAUCAACGAAGCCAACGCCCCGAGCCGCGCGCUCUUCGCCAGCCUUGGUUUCGCGGACGCCGCGCCCGUGAAUUACUUUGGCGAGGUGGAGAUGGCGAUGCCGGGUUUUGCAGAGGGCGCGCGGGCGGUGUUGGCUGAGGGAGAGGGAUACGGCGAGGUCGAGUAUAGGGUGGCGCGGUAG